GCGAUGGCAUCGGUUGUUGUCGGACAGAGAGGAGUUAGUUCUGACGAAGGGUCUCGGCCUGAAAUGUCGACAGUGCUUCUCCCUAUAGAUGCUGCCUGGCCUGCUGCGUUCCACGAGCAUUUUGUAUAUGUUGCUUGAAUUUCCAGCAUCUGCAGAUUUCCUCGUGUUUGCCUUAUAAGAGUUGAAUUGAGCUGGGAUGUAGAAGAUUUCACUUUUGGUAUUUUGAGUGUUAUUUAAGAAUUGGACACAUUUUCCAAUAUCAAUGCUGCAGAUGUGCGUAGUAAAAGGCAGGCUACGGCUUCCUGGUUUGUAUCAAGACUGCUCGUGAUACUUGUCAGAAUAGUCAAAGAUCCAGAAAUGUUGGGAAUUCAAUUUAUGUUCAUCAAAGCUGGUACAGAAAAGUUUCCCUCAAAACUCUCUGUACAACCUAGCAAAAAUAUGAAAUGCGGUUGUAAUUCAAAUGAUCACUCCCAGACAUUAAUUUUUUUUCCAAUUUGAAUGGAAUGAUUUAAUACAGGAAGGAAAACAGAAUUUAAACAUUUCAAAAUGACAUUUGCGCCAUUCAAGGUUAUGAAUGGGCCUAAAAUGCAGACUAAGAUGAGCACGUGGACACCCCUGAAUCAUCAGCCUACCAAUGACAAGGUCUUUGGAGAAAGAGGAGAUUUACUUGGGAAAUGGUUUGAUAAGUGGACCGAUAUGCAGCGUCGCAAGGUUCUUCUUGACCUGUUUGAAAGAUGCUCUGUCUCUCAGUUGAAGUUUUGUGAACAAUAUUUGCGCAGUAGAGUUCCAAUGGAAGCAUUGGACUUCACCUGUUUUCUUCCCAGAGUGCUGUCUUUGUACAUCUUCUCCUUCUUGGAUCCAAGGAGCCUUUGCCGGUGUGCACAGGUGAACUGGCAUUGGAAAAAUCUUGCUGAGUUGGAUCAGCUCUGGAUGCCCAAAUGCCUGAGACUAGGUUGGUACAUCAGCUUCUCACCUACUCCCUAUGAACAAAGAAUCUGGAAAAGACAUUAUGUUGAGAUGGUGAAGGAGCUAAAUGUUACCAAGCCAGAGACACCACCUAAAGAAGAAUUUAUUGUUCACUCAUUAUCAAAGGAUAUGGCAGAGCAGAAACAGCCCACAGUUCGCUCCCCACCUGGGAAAGCUCGGCUUGAACUCCCACCCUGGCGUGGUUCAGACCGACACCCAACAGAUACCAUACGUUUCAACUACCUGGACAACAGUGAUCCUAUUGAGCUAGUUGGGAAGAAGAAAGGAAGCCGCAUGUCUCCUGAUCUUGUUCGACAAAGUCAUGACAGAAAGAAACAUCCGUCAACAAACUAUAAGAUGCGGAAAGUAAAAUCACUGAUGUGCCGGUCUCUUGACAUUAACUUAAGUCAAAAGUGCCAACUUCGUCCAGUCUGGGCAAGUCAUGGUGCUGUGGGAAGUUUUGUUUCCAAAGAAGAAGCCCAAUCAUUAACCCAAAGAUCUGAAUGGAAUGCUGGUAUUCGACCUGCACCAGUUCGACCUGCAAUCCCAGUAAUGACAGAAAGAGGGCGGAAAGCUUCCUUGCGGACCCAGAGGAGCUCCCCCUCCUGCCCACUCUUUGAGAGCCAACCGUGGCAAGUCCCUGAAACAGAAAGAAGCUGUGAUGAACAAUGAAAGGAUGAAACCACCUGGAACACCCAUUAAAUCGGCCGAGCUGGCUAGCAAAGAGUAGCAACAAGUUGGUGAACUGGAUUUGGACUGUAUUGAAAGAAUCAUUGGAUUGCUAUGUACAUUAUAUAUAACAAACAGCAUUGCUCUGAGUGAGUUGAAGUAUUAAUUUUCUGUUUCAUUUUAAGGGAAGCAUGUAAAUGUGAAUUAAAGGCAUUUUUAAAUUGUGUCAAAUCAUUUAGAAAUAUGCUUCAAACACUGAAGCAGUUCAAAGAUUCAAAGUACAUUUGUUAUCAAAGAAUGUAUAAAUAAUACAACCUUAAGAUUUGUUUGCUUACCAGAAAACUGAAAGAACACAAUUUAAUAAUAAAUAAGUAAAAGACCAACACCCAAUAUACAAGAGAAAGGGAAAAAACACAAAUCAUCUGAGCAACUGAAACGACCAACAAUAUUCUGAACCAGAAUGAGUCCUCAGAUCUGAACCUCAGAUUAGGCUCAAAGCCUCACUUAUCAGUUCAUCAUAUCAGCAGACACAGGGCACAACAGCCGGGCCAGUCUUCAUAGCCUUGGCACCAUGGAAAAAGCAGUGGCCAUCACUGAGAGUGAUAAAAUUGGCUCUCGCCUUGGAUCCCGGCACCCUGUCUUUCCAGUCUAUCAAGACAGGCAUUUAAAUUAGCCAAACAGUGGAUCAUACCUCACUUUGUACCUGGGAACCACUGCAACGAAAUGCUCCAGUGCCCUGGAGAGAGGAGUUGGCUCUCACCUCCGAUCUGGGGUGGCAUUUUUCAGUAUUAAUAAAAUACUCCACACAAUAUUGCAUCUGAUGUGGUAGGACAGAGAAGCAAGAAAAGGUAAAUGUACUAUACACACAAAAUGCAAGAGGAACUCAGCAAUGAGAGAUAAACAGUCCACUUUCACACUGAGACCCUUCAUUUUGAAGGGUCCUGAUGAGGGUCUUAGCCCAAAAUGUCGACUGUUUAUUCCUCUCACUAGAUUAUGCCUGAUCUGCUGAGUUCCUCCAGUAUUUUGUAUGUGUUGUUGUUUGAAUUUACAGCAUCUGCAGAUUUCCUCGUGUUUGAUCCACAGAAUCUCUUGUGUUUGUAGCUUUGUGCAGGUGAUUCCAUGCAGUUUUGCCUGAGUCUUACAAUGUCUGUGUGGAGAAAUUUGUGGAAGAAAAUAUUCACAAUACCUUUAUUUAAAUCUAGGUUCACCAUUCCUUUUGCCACCAAUUCUGAUUAUGCAUUAUCUAGAUGAUCGAUGUGGCAGGGUAUUCGUUAGUUUUACAGCCUGUGGGAAGAAGCUGUUACCUAGUCUGGUAGUCCUAGCCUUGAUUCUCCUGUGCCUCCUUCCUGGCUGUAGUGGGUCAAAGAGAUUAUGGAAUGGGUGGUAGGGAUCCUCAACAAUGCCUUGGGUCCUUUGUCCAUGAUGCUCCCGGUAAAUGUCACUGAAGUGAGAUACAAACCAAGUUGGAAUGUGGAUUGUGAUAGAAUGUAAAGAAGUUUCAAGAGGAUAUCGACAAACUAACUGUGAAUAUGUAAAACUGGAGCAGUGUUGGCACACCCAACCACCCAGCUUGUUCCAAUCCUUGGCACUGUUGUACCAGGUGUGGGAAAUAUGUUGAGUUUGCGCAUUGAUUUAAAUAGAAACAGAAAUGUUAAGCAUUUUCUAGAUACUGAAUUUGGAAAUGAUGUUGUUCAUAGGGACCUGAUAUUCUUGUACUCAAGCCAUUGCAAGCUAUAACUUACAGUAGGUUCAGCAAGCAAUUUGGAGGAUACGUGGUAGAUUGACCAUUAUUGCUGGAUAAGUACGAUAGACUUAUCACUACACUCAUACACGGCCUUUUUGAGACUAUACUCGGAGUAUUGUACUGUGGUGAACUACAUAUACCUGUCUGGACACGCCCCCUGCUGACUGCUCCUGUGGCUCCUCCCACAGACCCCUGUAUAAAGGCAAUUGAGGCCGGAGCCCGACCUCUCAGUCUCCAGGAUGUAGUAUGAUGGUCACUCACUGCUUGUUCCUUCUUCCAGUCAAUAAAAGCCGAUAUCUUGCCUUUACGUCUCAGAGUGAGUUAUUGAUGGUGCAUCAUGUACGUUGUUUUGAUUUCUUUAUUUUUGAAAAAGAUAUGCAUACUAUCAAGAGAAUAAAAGAUUCACUGGACUGAUGAAUGGAACAGUGGAUCAUAAUGACUGAAACUCAUACUAUCAGAGUGUGUUGGUUGUUGCUGCAAAUGAUGCAUUUCACUGUUUUGAUGUUCAUGUUGACAAAUAAAGCUGAUCUUUAAUCUCUA